GGUCUACUACAGUGCAUCGUCUGUUCCAGAUCAGUCGUGCCUCCCUGUUCGUACAGUAAAUUCUGUUCGAGUUGCAGCUUCGUGCAGUGGAUGUAGACGGUAGUAUUAAAAGGAACAUUAAAAAGAGGAAGCCUGGAUAGUUUCUGUAUAAGCAGUACACAAGGAAAUUCGGAGUGUUUUAAUAUACUAUACGGGUUAGAAAUAUAGCCCGGUUUUCUCACGCCACGACGCGCGCGCCGGCCGAACGGUUGCUUUGUCUCCAUACACACGAGAAAUUUGAGUGAUAAAGAGGAUAAAAAAUGUCAGAUGAUAAUUCAUCGCCCAUCGUUGAAGAGCAAAAAAAGAAACGAGGUAGGCCGUCGAAAGGAGAUAAAAAUGCUGUCAAAGAACCUAAAAAACGAGGGAGACCUACUUUAGACAAAAAUAAUGCACUACGUGCUGCAAAGUCUGAUAACGAAGAUGAAGGAUCACCUGUACCUGUUAAAAAGGGUAGAGGCCGGCCAAAAGGUUCUCACAAAAAGAAGCAAUCUCCUAAAGGAACUUCUUCAGGACGUGGCCGUGGUAGACCAAAAAAGAAAGAAGAAAAACCAGAAAGUACUGGUGAAGAAGAAGAUGAACAAGAGGAGGAGGAAGAGGAGGAAGAAGAGAAUUAA